AUGGAAGACAUUACCGUUCCGACUGUAGCCGAGGCAAUCCCUGACACUAUUGACAGCACCUCUAAUGCCUCCCCGGACGCUGAGACUGACGCGGCUGUUUCAAGUUCCUCUAGCAAGACGACGGAGAACAUGGAAGACAGUAAUACCGAAAAGACUGUAGCGGAGGCAACUGACACUACUGACACUAUUGACAGCACCUCGAAUGCUUCCUCUCCUGAAACCGCUGAUACCGCUGAUACCGCUGGUGAAUCAUCAAGCAUCAGCGAAGGCCCCACUGUCAACAUUCGCGAAGUCAAACACAAAACGUUGGCGCUUCUUACGGAACUGUACAGAACCGAAACGGGUGAUGUCAAACGCAUGGCCAUGUCGUUGUUGCAAACUUUGUAUACCAUUGAGGAUCAAGCGCAAGUCGCCGAAAUGAAUGGCAAGAUUCAAAAGUUGAUGAAACUCAUUGACGACCAAAAGCGAGAGCAAGCCGAAAUGGAAGAAGCAUCGUCCUUGGCUGGUUCUCACGAUGGUUCCUCCUUUGGCUCAUCCUUUGGUUCUUCCUUUGGCCUCCGUUCUCGAACGCAUACCGAAGAAUCAUACAUGUCUGGCGAUAAGAUGGUAGUUGGCUCUUCCAUUUCUCCAGUGGACGAAGAAGAAACAUCUGCGGAUUCUCUCAAUGUUGACAAUGAUGAUGAGGAAGAAGGCAACAACAACAAUAACAACAACAACAACAACAAUCUAGUAAAGAGAUGGCAAGAAAAGUUUGAAAACUUUCGAAAAGAGCAACAGUCGCAGCAGCAGCAACCCAAAAAACGGGGCCCUACUGCUGCCGAUGUUCACAACAGCAACCAAAACAAUUGGAGAGAAAGCAUGACCACUCGCAUGGACGCUUCUCGUGAACGAUUGGCCAAUGGAUGGCGGGAAUCCACCGCCAAAUUGCAACAAGGUUGGCAAGAGAAACGCAGCAAUCUUGCAGCCAACAACAACCACGCUACCAACAACAACAACAAGAACUUGACUGUGGAUGCCAAGCCGACCCAAGACGACUCGUCCUCGGAUAAUUCCGUCAGUACCGAAGGCAGUAGCACCCCAACCACUCCCAUUGGUUCCGAAGCCAAUAACAACACCAAGGCUGACGACCACAAAGAAGAUGACUUGUUGCACGUCAUUCGCAACAUUGUCAAGGAUGGAGUGGACUCGAAGAAAUCACGAGAAUCCUUGGAACUGGCACUCAAUGUGAGACGGGCCAAGGCACGAAGUAAAUGGGCCGAAACCAGAGCCAAAUGGAAGUGGCCCAAUGCCAAUGCUGCUGCUCAGACACAAACACAAGCGUAA